CGGGGCCUGCUGGGAGAGCACGUCCCCGCCGCCACUCUGCCGGUUUGAACUUGGCGGGCCCGAUGUGGGCGGCCGGGCUGUUGGGGGCUGCUUCGCCGGCUUCCUCGGCCGGCCGCAGGUCCAGGUCUCGGCCUUCCUCCGGCCCCUUCUCCGACCUCAUGGCGGGCGCCCCGGGGCAGGGGCCGGAGACGGUGACGGUCUGCUCGCCGUCGCCGCCGCUGAGCUGCAGCAAUUCCACCAUGUCACUGUUGUCUCCCCUUGGCCACCAGAGCUUCCCGUUUGACUACGACGAUGGCGACGGGGAGGAUGAGGAGGACGUGGAGGAAGAUGCUCAGGAUUUAGAAGCUAAGGUGGCGAACCUGAGAGGAGUGGAGUUACAGGGGUGCGUCAGCAGUGUGGUUGGGUCAGAAGAUAACCAAGAACAGAAACAGGUGUGCCUACCCGAAAGCCGCCUGACACCAUGGGAAGUGUGGUUUGUUGGCAAAGAAAAAGAAGAACGUGACCGUCUGCAACAGAAGGCUCUGGAGGAAUUAAAUCAACAGCUAGAAAAAAGAAAAGAAAUGGAAGAGCGUGAAAAAAGAAAGGCAAUUGCUGAAGAAAAGCACAAGGAAUGGGUUCAGAAGAAGAAUGAACAGAAAAAAAAAGAAAGGGAACAAAAAAUUAAUAAAGAAAUGGAGGAAAAAGCAGCAAAGGAGCUGGAGAAAGAACAUUUGCAAGAAAAGGCAAAAGAAAAAUAUCAGGAAUGGUUGAAGAAAAAAAAUGCUGAAGAAUGUGAGAAGAAGAAGAAAGAAAAGGAAAAAGAAAAACAACGGCAAGCUGAAUUACAGGAAAAAAAGGAAAUAGCAGAGAAAAAGUUUAAGGAAUGGUUGGAAAAUGCAAAAAAUAAACCUCGUCCAGCUGCAAAGGGCUAUGGUUAUGCCAACGGAAAACUUACAGAUUUUUACAGUGGAAAUUCUUAUCCAGAACCAGCCUUUUAUAACCCAAUUCCAUGGAGACCCAUUCAUAUGCCUCCUUCCAAAGAAGCUAAGGACCUAUCAGGAAAGAAGACUAAAAGGCCUGUAAUAAGUCAGCCACACAGGUCAUCGUCUCUGGUGGUUCAGAAAGCCAGAAACAAUCUUUGCCUUGGAACUCUGUGCAGAAUACAAAGAUAGCAGAUAUGGGAAAUUGCAUGCUUUUACCUGGAGCUAUUUAAUUUUAAAAUUAGAAUAGUUUUUUUACUGCUCAGGCAGCAGCUCAACAUUUGAUGUGAUUAUUAACAAGUUCAUGUUUUUGCAUUUGUAUAUGUUGUCCUUAGAGUUAAUUGAGGAAGACGUUUUAUACAUUUUCAUUUUUAUAAGUGCUUCAAGGUAGAUCUUGGCAUAUUGUUUCACAGGAUAGGUGACUGGAUAUCUAACAAUUGUGUUUCUAUUUAGCUUGUAUUAAAACGACAUUGUAAUACCAGUAAAACCAACAAUUUGUAUGGUGUUCUUUCAUACUCUGUGUUUAUUCGUGUUUAUGUUUAUCAUAGUAAGAUUAAGCUUAAAUUGUUCAAAUAAGCUUUUGUAAACUGCAUGCUCAAAAUAACUCUUAGAAGAAUCUAAAUGGGUUAGACUUCUAGAGUAAUCAAACACAGUCUUCCUUGAUAGCUUUUGGUGUAUUUUUCCUUAUGUAUAUAUUUUUAAAUAACUAGAGGCAUGUUUUUUAUAACAAAGAAAUGAGGGUUGAGUUUUUGAAAGGGAAACUUAAAAGCAUUGUUAUAGGCUCUGGAUCUGAGGUUAACAUGUAGCAAUCUUGAGACACUAAUAGUAUUUUGCUAUACUUCGUACAAAUACUUACACAUUCAUUAUAAUUAGGUAGUUAAUUUUGAAAUUAAGGUUAGCAGUACAUUAUUUUUUAAUUCUGUAUCUUUUUUUAGGGACCGUCGAGAAAUGAAGAUUUGUUGUGGCAAUAUAAAGUUCAGUAAAUUGAUUUAAAAGUGAUUCCUAUUUAGAAUAUACAUAUUCCAUGUUUCUGCUAGGUUAGUAAUUUGCCAAGUUUCUAGUGACUAACGGGCAGUGUUGUUGACCAACGCAAAGGAGCGACAGUAGAAUCUUUGAAGGGCAUUCACGUCAUCAGAAAUCUAGGAAAAUUCACUUCUAAGCAGGAAACAGUUUGGGAGGCACCAGUAGGGUUUGUUGGGACAGAAUAGUGGUCAGAUUUAUAAGCCUGACCAUCCUUCUCAGAACCUCUUAGACGUAGUGAUAUUUUCAGACAAUCAUUCCACUUGAACAAAUUCACCUCUGUAGAGAGAACGUGCAAUUUACCAGUGUAGUGAUAAACUUGUGUGUCGCUUAUCGCUAAGUAUCCAUAGGCCUGAAUUCCUGCGAGUUUUAGAUGUAUGUUAUAUUUAAGAAACCUUCAGUUUCACACAGUAGAUUCAGGUGUUUAGGCAACUUCUAGCUAUAACCGUAAUUCUAGUAAUACUUUGCUCAAUCAGUCAUUAAUUAGUUUGACCAGUAUUACAUCAGUCUCUCCUUGUCUCUGGUUUCGCUUUCCAUGGCUUUAGUUACCUGUGGUCAACCACUGUCCCAAAAGAGGGUAACUACAGUACAAUAAGGUAUUUUGAAAGAGAAGCCACAUUCACAUAACUUAUUACAGUAUAUUGUUAUAAUUUGUUCUGUAUUAUUGUUAAUCUCUCACUGUGCCUAAGUUACAAGUUAAACUUCAUCAUAGGUAUGUGUGUAUAGGGAAAACCAGUAUAUCUAGGGUUUGGUACUAUCUGUGGUUUCAGGCACCCACUAGGGAGGGGUCUUGGAACCUAUCCCCACAGAUAAGGGGAACUAUUGUAAUUGAACAUUUACUCUGUAACAGAUGUUUUGCAUACUGAUUUAGGAAUUUAAAUGACAUAUUUCUUUAAUUCAGUCAACAUUUUCGGCCUAACCAGGAAAACCUAUAACAGACUAAAUGCUAUAAUACACUGCUUAAAAGUGAAGUACAGGGGCAUCUGGGUGGUUCAGUUGGUUAAGCAUCCAACUUUAGCUCAGGUCAUAAUCUCACCGUUCUCGUGGGUUUGAGCCCCACCUCGGGCUCUGUGUGGACAGCUCAGAGCCUGGAGCCUGCUUCAGAUUCUGUGUGUCCCUCUCUUUCUGCCCCUCCCCCUCUCACACUCUGUCUCUCAAAAAUAAACAUUAAAAAAAAAUCAAGUUCAAAGUUCAUCUGGGAGCAUAAAUGAGAGGUAGUUCAGCCUAUGAAGGGAUUAAGAAAGGCUACAAAGAGAAGGUGACAUUUGAGCUGGUAAAAAAUAAGCAGGAGUUUUCUGGAUGGUCACAAGCUGACCAUACUCAUUAACAUGCGGCAAGAAGUAUCUGGGAGAGAAGUAGGGGUCAGAGUAAAAAAGGUUCUGUGUAUGCUGCAGAAUUUGGACCUGAUCCUAAGGACGUGUAAUGUCCUUUUUUACUUCUCCAGUGAUCCACUGUAAAAAGAUUUUGAUACCAAACUUAUUUACUAUUAAAAUCCAUUUUUUAUUAAUUGGAAACUUCAAUCAACAUAUCUGAUCACCAGGAGGUUAGUGUUUUUAACCUGAAUCCAUUUUUCUUGAUGUCCGGAUACUUGAUAUUUUAGGCAUUACAGACGACAUUAUAACAUUUGAAAUUUCUGUUGAGGUUUUUAAAAUUUGUUUGAAUUUUACUACCACUUUGGAAGUGUUCUGAAAUAUCUAGGUAACCUAUAAUGUCAACAAAUUCAUGAUCCAAUGGAAAGAACACAGGUAUUGUAGACCUAAGUCUGUGAGUCCUGGUUUUAUGUCUGUUUACCUGGAAGAUGCCUCAUUUUUUCAAUGUUUAAUACCUUAUCUAAUUUAGAAACUUAUGGGGUUAUAAAAUAAUAAGUGGGAGUAUGUAAAAAUGCAAGUUUCUUUUUUGUAUGAUAAUUCUGAUAAGAUCUACCAAAGAUAUUCUUUGUCUUUAGUGAUAAUUGAUUUACAUAAUAACUGGCUUCAGUUAAAGAUUUACCAACAGUAAGUUAACUGGUCAGUGCUUGGGAUGGACUUUCAUUUACCCCUAUUCUAAAAAUAAAAAGGGAAUACUGUGUUCAUUUCUUUCA